ACCCAAGAAGAAGAGAAGCAGACACGUAGAAGAAGAACCCAGCUGUUUUGUUGCCUCAGCUCUGUUUGCUCGUAUCUAGUCGCGUCCCGUUAACGCUCCAUCUCAAAACAACAACACCGCAGAACAGAUGUAUAUUUAGACAAACGUGAGACGGGACGUUAUCUACACCCGCGCGUUUAUGCGUAUUCUGCAGUAAAAACGAUGGCAGGCAGAGGCAGACUCUUGCCCUGUUUGUGCCUGGGGCUUUGUGGUGUCCUGUGCUGGGUCUGGGUCUCCUUUGCCUCCUUUCCAGACAGCAACAUCCCCCCGGAGGCCUUAGAUGCAGUGGACCGAGAGGUCUUUCAGCCCCAAAGUGCUCUAUCGGAGAUGGAGUUUGCCUCCAUCAGUUCCUAUACAGGACCUGGCAACAAUGAUCGUCGCAGCAACAAAGAGCUUCCCAUUCUCCUCUGGUGGAGCGGUGGGCUGUUUCCGCAUUUUCCUGGCGACUCUGAGCGCAUUGAUUGUGCCACGUCCUCCUGCCUUGUCACAAGCAACCGCAAGGUCCAGCUGUACAAAAGAACAGCGUCCAUCAUCUUCUACGGGACAGACUUCAGGGCAUACGAGGCACCGCUUCCCCGACUCCAUCACCAGACCUGGGCCCUGUUCCACGAAGAGUCACCCAUGAACAACUACAUCCUCUCCCAUGGACCAGGCAUCCGGCUGUUCAACUACACUGCCACAUUUCGCAGGGAGUCCGACUAUCCUCUUACCCUGCAGUGGUUGCCCUCGCUGGAUUACCUGCUGAAGCCUGUAGCCGUGUCCCUUGAGGAGAAGAACCGCCUGAGGAGAGAGGGUCUGGCUCCUGUGCUUUACAUGCAGUCUCACUGCGAUGUCCCGUCUGAUAGAGACAGAUACGUCAAGGAGCUCAUGAAGUACAUUGAGGUGGACUCUUAUGGUAAAUGCCUGAAUAACAAACCUCUGCCUGAUCAUCUGGAGGACACAGCCACCGCUACAGGCGAGGAACAGAGGUUCAUGGAUUUUGUAGCCCGCUAUAAGUUCCACCUGGCCCUGGAGAACGGCCUGUGUCAGGAUUACAUGACCGAGAAACUGUGGCGCCCUCUCCAUCAAGGCUGUGUACCUGUCUAUCGAGGAUCAUCCGUGGUGGCAGACUGGAUGCCCAACAACCACUCUGCAAUUAUAAUGAAUGACUUUCCUUCACCAAAAGCGCUUGCUGACUUCCUCAAACGUCUUGAUGAGAAUGACGAUGAAUAUGCAAAAUAUUUAGACUUUAAGAAGCCCAGCCACAUUAGUAACACUUAUUUACUGAAGGCUCUAGAGACUCGUGAGUGGGGGGUUAAUGACAUGAGUAAGCCCAACUACCUGAAUGGAUUUGAAUGUUACGUGUGUGACCAGGAAAAUGCACGACUGGCAGCAGAGAGGGCAAGCAGGAAAUCCCCUAAGAAAAGUCAACCUCCUCAGCCUAAAAUGGCCAAUAACUCUCACAUGGGUUGCCCUCUGCCCUCCCCAGGGUACGGAGACAUCCAAGAUUUACCUGCAGAUGAUGGAUGGUUGCAAAUAUGGCCUCAGGAUUAUUGGCAAAGCCUGGACCAAGCAGAGGGGCUGGAGUCUCUGAUAAGACAUAACGAGUCAGACCCUUCGCUGCUGUGGAAACACAUCCAAAACAUAGCUGUGAGCAGAGCCAGAGGGAAACACUGACACUGGCCUUGAAACAAACAGAGGGUGGAGGAUGGUCCAGGAUUACAGUGCUGUCUGAUAUUAUACAUCCCCUCUGUUUUAACGAGGGACUGGAGCAGACACUACUCAUAUUUUUGCACUGAAGUCAAAACUCUUUUAUCCUUGUUAAUAUUUCAGUUAUAUACUAGCAGGCAUGUUUUUUAGCUGACAUGUUACCUGUGUCCAGGAUGCCGUCUCACCAGGGAAAAUAAUGUUUUAGCAGAUUUAUUCUUGACUGUGGAUAGAGCCCGAGACUCUGCAUCAAGGGAACUCUGCCUAACUGUGCGUUACGACCAUCAGACAGUAGCCAUAAACUACAUUAGCUUCUGUAAAAUUACUCAGCAUGUAGCUGAUGGGUAUUAAAUGAAGUUACAUUUAUGUUUGCUGCUAUUUGAAGUCACUAUGCAAGAAAAAUGAGUCUAACUCAACCCCCAACAAAAAAACACCACUCCAUCUGUAAAGAAGCUCUGAGGAACAGAAUGUCUGUGGAAGCAAUUUACAAUAUGACUCUGUUUCUGAUGUUCCUGUAAAAUAAUUUUCAUGUGCAAUAAUGUUUUUAGUCAUGCUUUUAUAAUAUGUACAGUGUUGCAUCUACUAACACACUACCUUUGUAUCACAUAUUUAUACCAGGAUCAUGAAAAUUGUUUUAUUUUGUAACAAAGUAUCUGACAUGUACACACUUUUUGUAUCAAGACGAACAAAGACAGCAUUUUGUAACUACAGUUGAUAAAUCUUAAUAUUGUACCCAACUCGCCAGUACUGGUCUGUUCACAGUCAUGUAGAGCAUCAUGUACAGAUAUAUCCUUCAUGCUCUACUUAGGCAGAUAUAGCUUUCACCAGCAGCAGAAAUAAGCAAAGCAAGCUUGUGUAACAUACUUAAGAAAGUAAAAAUUUAACAAAAUGUAAGAAUCAACUUUACAGCCAAUACCAUAGCAUCCUUAAAUCCGUAAGUGUAACACAGUCUAAACUUUGUGAAAGACCAGUUGUCACUUUAUAUGCAAAUGAAUAUAAAAUGGGAUGAGGAUAAGAGGCCGCUGAAGAGCUUCCGUAAUCAGUCGAAGGCUUUGGAGUAGCAGUUCUCACAGUGGACUUGUCCACGAUGUAGGAACAUAUUGUGGAGAAGGUCUCCCAUAGGCUUCCCACACACGCCACACUGGAAUAAACAGGAGGACGUUUCAGAAAAAGUAAUUAUGAAAAAUGCAGCUGAGAGCAAUGUUUUUAUCUUUGCAGUUCUGUAGUACAAAUGGCUUUGACCUUAUAAUAAACUGGCAAAGGCCGCAUGGACUGAGA